AUGAAGCAAGAUGAAGAAAUCUUCCAGAUCGCACGCCUGAACAACUGUGCAUGGUUUGCAGCGAUCGUUUUCUCCGACUACUUUUCGUGCAUUUUGGGCUUGGUGCGACAAGGGUCAAGCUGGAGUUUGGAGCCGUUCGACGAAAUACGUGACAAAGAUCACCAGAUCUUCCAACGCGGCCGCGGUAAUGCUUGCAGUGUUGAAUUUAACUGCUUGUACAGAUGGCAUGCAACGACCUCCGUUGAGGAUGAGGAGUGGAUUACUCUACAGUUCCAGAAACUCUUCCCUACCAAGAAGCCUGAGGAGAUUACCUUGAAGGAUUUCUAUCAGGCUGAAGUGCAGGUCGAGAAGACGGAUCUUGAUCAAUGGACGUUCGGGAACCUCCAGCGUCAGACCGAAGGUCCGAACGCGGGUGCGUUCAAAGACUCCGAACUUGCGAAUUACAUCAUGAACGCAACCUCCCAACACGCUGCUGCCUUCGGUGCUCGUGGUACACCCUCAGUGAUGCGUCUUCAUGAGAUCAUGGGUAUCGAAGCUAACCGAUCAUGGGGUGUUUGCUCGCUCAAUGACUUCAGGAAGUUCCUUGGUUUGAAGACAUACUCUAGUUUCUUGGAAUGGAACCCCGACGUCGAGAUCGCCGAAGCUGCCGAAAAGCUUUAUGGUCAUAUUGACAACUUGGAGCUGUAUGCUGGUCUACAGGCUGAGGCUACCAAGCCUCUUAGGGAGGGCGCAGGACUCUGCCCCGGCUACACUAUCUCUCGUUCCAUUCUGUCGGAUGCCAUAGCUCUGACUCGUGGUGACCGGUUCUUCACGCAGGACUUCACACCAUACAACAUGACUGCCUGGGGUUUCGCUGACUGCCAGCGAGACCCUGACGGCUACGGGUUCGGUUCUACGCUUGGUCGCCUCCUCCUCCGCACCUUGCCCAACGAUUAUACUAUAGACAGCAUCUACACUUGGUUCCCUUUCAUGCACCCUGAGCCUAUGGAGGGUUACUUGAAGAAACUUGGCAAACUCGAUGGAUACUCUCUUGCACGGCCAAAGCCUUCUGGGCCUUGUACCACUGUGACUAAUUACGUGGAGGUUGGCCAGGUGCUUCACAGCGCUGAAAAAUUCGUGCCUGAAUACGUCGAGCGGGCAGCAAAGGUCAUCAAUGGCAAGGGCUUCUUUGCGGCAUCUGAAAGUGCAGCUGAAGAGCAGAAGUGGUUCAUCAGCGCACUUGCUCCUUCUCCAGACGCUGUCUCUACGAUUGGCACCUACUUCUACAACGAGACCAAGGAACUCAUCGAGCAACGCUCGUUCCCUUUGAUUGGCGGGAAGACUCGUGCAGUCAACAUCGUCCGAGAUGUGUUGAAGGUUGUGCCAUUGCGCUGGGCUGCCACUGAAGUUGCUGGCAUUUCUCUCAAGACGAAGCAACAUCCUGAUGGCGUCUUCACUGAGUCUCAGUUGUUUGACAUGCUUUCGGAGACCUACCAAUUCAUCUUCCUCGAGGUUGAGGCAGCGAAGUAUAUGAUUUUGAAGCAAAGAGUCAAGGACCACGUGCGAGAACUGACCCGCCUCAUCAAGAGUGCUCUUGGCUAUGCGGGGAGCAAAAUGCCUCUUGCUGGACUAUUUGACACAUUAUCUGACCUCUUUGGAGGUAGAGGCAAGAACCACCAUGAGAUAGUCAAAUGCUUGUUCGAGUUUGGUUAUUCCACCGAAGAGGUCGUGAACUCUAUCCUUGCGUUGUUGGUCGGGGCCACUGUCGAGAUGUCUCUUGCUUUGACGAACGUCGUUAACCAGCUCCUUGAUUCGGAGAAGAAUUCACUAGUCACCAUACAAUCGGCUAAGAGUGCGGAUACCAAAGAUCUUCAUAGUCUGACUGCCUAUACCAUCGAGGCCCUCAGAAUCGACCCACCUUUCGCUGGUGUCUACCGUGUCGCAAAGCAGGAUGGAGUCGUGGACUCUUCGACUGUUAAGCAAGGUGAACGCCUGUUCUUGGAUAUUGCCACAGCAAACAAGAACGAGGCUGCAUUCCCCAAUCCAACAAUCUUGGAUACUACUCGUACUCGUAAGCGCUAUCUUCGUGGUGACGGUUGCUUCAAGGUUCUUGGAGAUGAUCUUGCAUCGACGAUCAUCGCUCAGGUCCUCCGCGGCAUACUUUCUUUCGACAAUGUUCGUCGUGGCCCUGGUCAGUCAGGGAAUCUUCCUCGCUUCCAAGAUGGUGUACUCCCGAUGCUACGUUAUGCAUACCUUGACGAGAAGAUGUUGCCCAGCGCGUGGCCGACGUCGAUGGUCAUUAAUUACGACGUGUCUUCAUGA